AGUCCAAACCUCCUCUAUCUUCUUCUCUGCAAACCCAUUAAGAUUCAGAACUGAAACAAAGUAUAAAAAUUCUUAUCAAAGAUGUUUAGUGCCAAAACUGAGCCUCCCCAGAAGAAUCAUGUCCUUCAAAUUAAGCAAGAUGACAAGUUCUUUAGCAGGCUUCUUUCAAAGGAAAGUUCAAUGUCCAAACCAUCUUUCAGAAUGGCUGUUGCUGUCCCUUUUGUGUGGGAAUCUCAACCUGGUACACCCAAGUACACAUUCUCUGAGGACACUCUCCCUCCUCUAACACCUCCACCUUCCUAUUAUCUUAACACCAUGAAGAAAAAGCCAGUGAAAAAGUGCUCAAGAUCCAAUCUUUUGUUGGCACUGUUCCCAAAACUAAAUCUCAAGAAAACAAUCAUGACACCCUCUUCAUCUUCCUCUUUUUCAUCCCCUUCCUCUUCUUCAUGGUCAUCCUCAGAUUCAUCCAAAGUUGCCCCAGUGGGGAAGCUUGGAAGGAGGCGUUUCCUAAGCUAUGGUUCAUCUUUUGAUUUCAGGGGAGAUGAUGAAGAAGAAGAAGAAGGUGCUAGUUCACCCACUUCAACACUGUGCUUUGGCAUUCCUCGUUAUAACAUCACUAAGGCUAACAAAGGGAGGUAAUUAAGCCUUGUCACAGUACUCUAGAGACUGAUCUGGCAUGGCCAAGGUUCUUCCACUUAGAGUUUGUGUGUAAAUCUUAUUUAGUUUUUUGCUCUUCAUGUUUAAGAUGGCAACCAAUUUUCUAGGAUAGUGUUGGUCUUGAGUUUGUUGCUCUCAAAUAAUAGUUCUGCAUCUAAGGUGUAUCUUAAACAUAUUAUGCAGUCAAAACCGUCAUAUAUUGUUCCUCUUUGCAUUUAGAAUG